UGGCACCUCGUCGCGGUCGAGGCAAGCGUGGGCAUGGUAGAAACAAUCAAAAGAGCAAGAAAAAGCAAAUCAAGCUUGAAUCAUUAUCGAACAAGUAUAAGAAACACUUAAAGAACUCUGGGGAAUCGCACCCUGUUGAAGCUAGUCAUAGAAAGGACAAACAGUUUAAGACGGUUAAGGAUCAAGAAGAGGAUAUCGUAUCGGAACAUGAUAGCUCAGAAAGUGAAGAAGAGCCAAGUGCAUAUGAGCUACUGAUGACCUCAAUACAGGAUCGUAAAGGAAAGGAUUUGCCAGACUCCGAUGAGAGUGAUGAGAAUGACGCUGAAGAUGAAGGUGAAGUAGAAGAUGAGGAUUUGGAAGAUGAUGAUCUUAUAGGAGAGGAAGCGGAGUCGGAUGAAGAGGAUGAAUUUGGAGAUGACAGCGAAGACGACCUGGAAGAUGGCAGUGAAGAGGAUAAUGAAUCCACUGAUGACGAGGAACCAGUCAGAAAGAAGCUGAAGAAGGACAGCAGCGACGCUGAGCCAUCACAGACAGGAAAGACGGAGGAUGAAGAUGAGGGUGCUGCAAGCAGCGGAGAAAGUGAUGUGGAGAAUAUUCUACUUCAAGAAGAGGAGGAAGUGGAUCUGUCAACAGAUCCUUUCCAUAUUCACUUUGAGAAGGAAAUCCCUGAAUGUUUAGCAGUGCAGCUUGCUGAUGGUUCGAAGCCAUGGCAAAAGGAGGAGAAGAAGUUUUCAAGUGUUGGGAAAUAUCUUCACUUAUAUUCCGAUGAGAAGUAUGUCUCGAAUUUCAAAGACAAGGAGCGAGAUGUCCGCAAGUUAGAUGUGAAGCCCAAGUUGUGCGAUCAUCUUAAAGAAGUUAACAGAGAUUGUGUUGCUGCACCCCUGAAAGAAUCUGGCUAUUUCUCCCCACUGCAGCAAGACCUCUUCUCAGUUCUGAAUAGUUAUCAGGACCUUUAUUACCCGGAGCAGACGUAUAAAAAUGCUGAAGAGAUCAGGUUGAUCUAUUGCCUCCAUGCUCUCAAUCAUGUCCUCAAAACACGCAGUCGGGUCAUCGCCCAUAGUGCCAAAAUCAAGUCAAAGAAAGACGACAUCCCUGAUGAUUAUCGAGACCAUGGUUUGACGCGACCCAAAGUGCUGAUUGUUGUGCCUUUCCGAGACUCUGCUCUGAAAAUAGUCAACCUGUUCUCCUCACUCUUGAUGAAGAAAGAAGAGGCUUUUGUCAGCAAUAGGAAACGAUUUGACGAUGCCUAUGGCGAGAAGGAUGCAGACGAUCGGAAAGCUGGGAAAAAGCCUGAUGAUUAUGAAGCCAUUUUCACAGGAAAUAUUGAUGAUCAUUUCCGAAUUGGUAUUGGAGUUGCCAAGAAGACGCUGAAGUUGUUCACUGAGUUCUACUCAUCGGACAUCAUCAUCACGUCUCCUCUAGGUUUGAGGACAAUCAUUGGUGUUGAAGGAGAGGAGAAGAGAGAUUUUGACUUCCUGUCUUCCAUAGAACUACUUAUCUUUGAUCAGACAGACAUCUUCCUCAUGCAGAACUGGGAUCACAUAACACAACUGAUGUCAUGUAUGCACUUGCAACCAAAAGAGGCUCAUGGUGUGGAUUUCUCGCGAGUACGGAUGUGGACGCUGAAUGGCUGGUCCAAAUAUUACCGCCAGACCCUCAUAUUCAGCAGCCUCGUCACUCCUGAGAUCAAUGCUUUGUUCAACAAGCAUUCACAGAAUUAUGCAGGCAAAGUGAUGGUGAUGAAACCACCAACGCCAGGAACGAUCUGUCAGAUUGUGACAUUGUUACCACAGGUAUUUCAGAGAGUUCAUGCUGAGAGUUACAGCCAACUUGCCGAUGCUCGGUUCCAGUAUUUCAUCCAGAAGGUGCUACCCCAAUACAAGGAUGCUGUCAUGUCUCAGACGAUGGUCUUCAUCCCCUCCUACUUCGACUAUGUCCGACUGAGGAAUUACUUCAAGAAAGAAGAGAUGGAUGCUGCAUUCAUAUGCGAGUACACGAAGGAUAAAUCCAUAUCACGUUCAAGAAAUCACUUCUUUCAUGGCAAAGUCCACUUUCUUCUCUACACUGAAAGGAUACACUUCUAUAGAAGGUACAAAAUCCGUGGAAUUCGACAUAUCAUCUUCUAUGAACUGCCGGCCUACCCUCACUUCUACAGUGAGAUCUGCAACAUGCUGAUAGAUGCUAAGAAAGACGAAAGCCAGGAGAAUAAGACGUGUUCUGUGAUAUACUCGAGAUAUGACGCCCAACGGUUGUCAGCUGUUGUCGGGACUGAACGAGCUUCCUAUAUGGUGAAUGCGGAAAAGGCUGUUCAUAUGUUUGUGACAGGAGACUCGUGAUAACUCUAUGCUAGAGCUGUGAUCUUGGAAUUCGGUGCAAGUUGGAAUUGUGAGCGUGUUCAGUUCAAUAUUUACCCAUUCACUGCAGUCACCCAGUACGAUGACAUAUGGCCUCCUCUUGGGCUGAUAUUGACAAUGAAUGAAACUGAAAGUGAGGACAAGGGGAAAUACAAGUUUAUGAGAUAGCAAUAGUGACUGAUUGAUAAAUAUGAGCCACAGCUUCUGAAAUAUCAAUACAUGUACAUGUAUGUCUUUUAAAACUGUGUUUUGGUACUAUCUGUACAUGUCAGCUUUAGUCUUAAUGUUAGGAUUGUUCAACUAUAUGCUUCAAUGUAUCAGAUGAAUUUGUUAAAGUGUCUGCUUGCGACUCGUGCUUGGCGAAUGUUCUAAUGAAUAGUUUAAUUAGUAUCUUUCACCGCGACAGUUGAGACUGGUACUGUCAGUAGUUAACGACUCCAUUCUCUACAGUGGAUUGUUUCAAGGGUGUUUAUGUAAAGAGAUGAGGCUUGGGCUUGAAGUCAAAUGCUGGUAGGUAUACAAUCGGCGGAACUGAAGAUAAUACACGUUGAAGUGCCUUAGUGCAUGUUCCUUACAUAAAAUGUCCUUAAUGAUUGAUGGCAUUUUCCUCGAGAUUGUAUCCAUUUUAAACUUCGACUCCACACUAUAAUGAUCUUCAUUCACGUUGCUGAUAGAUUCUGACGGAUUUCAUUGUAUUGUUGGCGCUUAGUCCUCUGAAAUCCAAAUGCGUGUACAUUUACAUGUAUUUUCUUGUGUUCAUUUCAAUAAAUGCUUUUAGAUUUAUUCACUUA